AUGCCAGAACUCAUUGAAUGGCCAUGCGACGUUCCCGGAUGCCAAAAUUUCGUAUGUGAGCAAGGUGCAAUUUGCUACAUGUGUUUUGAAGUUCGAUGUGAUGAGCACGAUAAAUCACCUCUUCAUGCAUGUCGUGAACCUCAAACGAAUGCGGAGCGGCAACAGAGGAAGAAUAACACUAAAAAACGAUAUCUCGGGAUCUUACUGUCCAAAGUAGAGGAAUACAAACACGAAAUCAUCAAAGAUGCAGAACGACAUGGAUUGGGACAAUGCGAAUUGGUGCUUCCAACGGAUACCGAAGAAUUCUUUGAAUCCAGUCGAGCGUCCGGUUUCAACAUACAUUUCCCCCUGAAUUGGCAAGAUGGUACCAAGUGGCUUCUGCGGGUACGACAAGAUCUAGGUCAUCGACUACCCCGACAAGUACGUGAGCUCAGUAUCAGGAGUGAAGUGACAACAUUAUCAAUACUCCAAGAUAACGGUAUUCCUGUCCCCGCCGCUUGGCUACCUGCCUACAUUGGAACUGACGAAGAGGACCCUCAUUCAGAACCACCAUUUGAUUACUUUUUCUACGAGUUUCUGGAAGGUAAAACUUGGACUAUACCUAAACAUCCAUGGUAUGCCAUGGAUCUACCUCAAGAUACAUUAUCUCACUUCAUUGAAGGAUAUGCUAAACACCAAAUCCAGAUGUCUCUGAUCCAACUUCCUGUUAAGCAAAUUGGCUGCCUUCAACCAUCAAAGCUCACAGAAACAGUAGAAGCUGGUCCAAUAAUCGCUCGAGGAACUUUUCAAAAUUCUAAACCUCCUUAUCUCCUUGGACCGUUCUCGACUCAAAGAGACCGAUACCUUGCUCACAUCGACGCUACUCUUCGAUAUAUCAUACUAGGUGCAGUCAGUCGCUAUGACUGUCUUGAUGCUUAUCUCUGGCAUCUAGAACUGAGGGAGCUGGUCAGUCAUAGCGAUGUUCUCGCUCAACCUAUUGAAGAAGUGCACAUAAAACAUGACGAUGAGAAAGGAGAUCAUCUCAUGUGGGAUGAGGAAGGGAAUAUUGUUGGUAUAUUGGAUUGGGAAUGGGCAUACACUACGACCAAAGGCGAAGCAUUCGCUGCUCCCUAUAUCUUUUACGAGGAUAUCGAUUAUAUUACGGCGGAUAAUAUUAUGACUAAAGAGGAACAACUUCUUAUUGAUUGUUACGAGCGCCAUUCAAGACCCGAUUUAGCAGAUUGCGUUCGAGGCGGAAGACUUUAUCAACGAUUACGGCACAUAGGUCAAUAUGCUGAUCAUAAUUGGAAAAGGGGAUUCAGAGAACCUUUCGGACCUAACCCUGCACCAAAUUUCCACCCACCCAAAUACGAUGUGGAUUGGAGGGUUUACAUGAUGAAAAGGUACACUGACGAUGUCGGCCUGGCAGACAUCAUGCAAAGAUCAAGGUGCACAAUUGAAAAAUCGGAAGAGGAGGCUCGCAAAUGGCAUCAAGAGAAGGAAUAG